CACCUCGCCCCACUCGAGGCAAAGGCACCCAGAGAUGGGCAGUGUGUGAAUAGUUUGCUGCUGUAUCUUCAAGCAUCUGGACCAGCUUACUUUGACCUAUCAUGGCAUCCAACAAAUUUGUCAUUAAGUGUGGGAACUUUGCUGUCCUGGUGGAUGUUCAUAUUUUGCCUCAAGGCUCCAGUAAAGACACCAGCUGGUUUUCAGAUCAUGAGAAAGAGGAGCUCUGCAAGCUGCUGGAAGAAGUUGUUGCUUCAAGAGUCCAACUCUACUUGGAAGCACGAAAACAACGUGGUCAGUGGAAAUCAGUGGAACGUGGAGCAUCUGCUCCUUUGUUUCUCACAGCCAACAGUCUCCACAUCACUGCCUACUUCAUGAAGAGAUGGGUUAAUCUCCGUUGCGCUUUAGGGAAACGUUAUCGUGAGCUGCGUGUGUUUCCAGAGAAAUUUAUAGUUUGUGUCAGUAAACUUGACUUUGAUCCAAGUGCUUGGACAGGUGAAAAUGAUGUAUUGAAAGAAGAACUUUCCAGUGGGGCAUCUGAAUAUUUUACUGAAUCUACUGAGAACAAGGAGCUUAAGAUCAGUCUGAAUGAACAAAUAAAGCAAGACAUCCUGAAAAGAAUUGUGAAAAGGACAAAACCAAGGAAGAGUAGUGCAAGCCAACCUCAAAUCAACAAGGGCUCCAAGAAAGUGUAUCUUGGCUCGGUGGACUCGCAGGCAGAGAACAGAAAGAGCGACUGUCAAACUGCUCUCAGUCCUCACUCUGAUGUGAAACGUCGCAGUCCAGGCCUGCUGAAGGACUGCACAAAUACAGCUGGGAGCAGCUUGGAGCUUCCUGUUUUAGAGCUGGAAAAUUAUGUUAAUCAGAGACAGGCAGAUGAUGUUAGCAGCCAGCAAAAACCUCACGCUCUGGAGUGGUUGGAGUCGAGUCUUUUAAGUGAGAACCCUCCUUGCAGCUCUGAGUCAGCACUGCUGGGUCCAAAACAAAGUCACAAAGUGACCAAAACACAGGCUCAACUAAAGAGCUGUGGUUCAGAGGAGAAGUUAGCAAUGCAAAAAGUGUCCUCUGAAGGGACUCCUUUAAUUUCUGUCCAUCCAGAAAUGAGUAAGUGCAAUGCUGAUUGUUUGGGUCCAUUCCUGGGGGAGAAGACCCCCCGUAAUUCCAGCUUGUUUUCUAAGCAAGACAGGGCAAAGACUGCAGCUGACAAGCAAUCAUUGACUUGGACAAAAGAACCCUCUCAGCCUCUUGCUGUGAGGAACAGUAGAGUGCAGACAAGCCAACAUGAGCCAAGCACAGCCACUGAGGGAUUGCCUGCAGUGCCAUCACCGAGUCUAGAACUGCAAGCUGUGUCUGCAGAGAAGCUUCCCCAAAAAAGAAAAAAAGAAGCUGAAAAUGGUCUCAGGAAGUUAAAACUUCGAAGGCUUAAGAAGUCAUAAAAUCUGGAGUAUUACCUUGGUGGCACAAGUGGUCACCCAAAUCUGUGUGUAAGCAAAAAGUAGGAAGCAAUUCAAAAUUAUGGAAAAUCAUAAAAAUAUGAAAUCAAAAUCAGAGAAGACAUUUUAAGAAAUUUUAGUUAACUAUGUAUGUUAGUCAUUUGGAACCAUAAUGAGGAUAAUCCUUUGAAGUCUUUACAAAUAAGAUAUUAAUAUUGCAUGAACCAGUGUCAUAUUUAUAGAAAGAAAAAUCUUAAUAUUUAACUAGCAAAAUUUUAGUUCUAGGUAUGUUUCAGUGUUAUUAGAAAGUCAUAUCAGCUGAUGACAGCAAAAUAAAACCCCUUUCCUGGUCUGUUAGCAGCUGCAGUUAUUCAGUGUUUUGCUUGUUUCUGAACACAUAGUUUAUUUUACUAAAAAUUUAUCCUUUGUGCUAGAAAGUUCAUGGUUUAUUCACAUGAUCUUUACAUCAAUAAGGCAAAUUGAGCUUAUUUCAAAUAAAUCUUUAACCAAAAUUAAUAGCUGAUAAUUUGAGGCCCACCUUUUCAGCCAGUUUUCAAAAUAACUGCAGUUUUCUGCUUGUGCAGUUUUGAUAUGAACAUUUAUUUCUAGCCCACUUUGUGGGUACAAGUGAUCAUGCAUUAAGUCUUUGGAAAAAUGAAGGUUGGGUUUAUGUAUUUAGAUUUAUAUAGUUACACCUGGGUGUGCAAACAUUGCUCUGGGGUGAAGUUCAGACAUAAACAUAUAGACAUGCAUUUAUUUUUCAAAAUCAGACCCUGUUUAAUGCAAGGACAACAUUGUGGUUUUCAUGUGUUAGUGAUACCCCAGUUAGUUCUUUCUUUAAGACAGAGGUCAUUUUUCAUUGCACGGUGCCUUUUCAUGCUGCUUUUUAAAUUUAUAUGCUAAUGAGCUAAGGAAACGUAACUUUA